AUGUCGGGUUUCCUCCCUAUUGAGAUUAUUGAUUACAUUAUACAGCUAGCGGUUCAGGAGUCUCCAUCACAUCCAAAUGGAACAUCUUCUAUUGCACUUUUAUCACAUCAUUAUCGCACUGUUGCGCAUACGGCAACUUUCUCCUCAGUCAUGUUUCUAGAAAAGCCGCCUCGUCGAAAAGAAGGCGAUAUGCAUCGCAUACACGGGCUGGCCAGCCUUAUCACAGAUUCCAGGCAAUUCCCAACUUUACGUGGGUUACACACGUUUAUCUCCUCAUUUUCGCUGAAGCUGUCGUCCUAUUAUGGAAGCAUGAGAGGCAUGUCCGAGGUUUCGCGGUCCCUAAUUAUAAUCAUCAAUAAUCUAUUCCGCGACGCGGCAAUGCUGUCUGUUCCACUUCGCACACUAAAGCUGGAGGCCUGUACGUGGCCCGAGGAUGCAGCACUAGAUGUUGCCCUCAGAUCGUUGAUCACAGCAUCAUACCUCAACAACCUCCACGUGAGCGACCCUUCUUACUUGCCCGUUGACAUCAUCCUUGGAUCAAACAUCGAGCAUUUAACCUUUCACGGCAGUAUUUUUCUGGACCGGAGGUUCUACACUGAGGGUUACGCCGCGGUACCUUUAAAAUCCUUGGCAAUUACAGGAGGGUAUGCGAGCAAUAUGGCAUUCGAAGAUAUGAUCUUGAUUAUAGGCGGACAAGAUUUGACAGCACAUCAUAUGUUUUGUCAUUUGACAACGCUCUCAAUAACUGUGACGUCUCCAGACCUUGCUGCAGAUUUAGUGAACAGCACAAAGACAUUGGAGUCUUUGACACUUCGCAAAGCAGAAUGUCUAUUCUCCUGUACGUUAUCUCUUGCAUUAACUAUAUGGUUAAUUUGCUGUGUACGAAUGAAUGGGUCAAAAUUUAUAGCAGGUGACGAGGACGGAACACCUCGUAUUUAUUUCGCAUACUUGUCGCAUCUAAAAGAGCUCAACAUCGCAUACUCGAGGACAAUAGACAACGAUAAUCCACAAAUGUCACCUGUCGCCUUCCUUGGACAAGAAGCACUUCCACUUCUCGAGAGAUUCGCCUUGGACAUAACCAUGACCAGCUACCUUCAUGCUCCCUUCCCAUCACCGGACGACGACCUCGUAGCAGCGGUACAGGAAAGACAGGAGAUAUCUCAAUGGGAUGAACAUUUAUCUUCCCCAACAAUUUUCUACAAUCUUAAAACGGUCAGCGUCAAGUUGAUGGUUCGGCGUCUUGUUUAUUUUUAUGGAGAGGAUCAGUGGUACCCGAGCUGGGACAUAGCUUGGAGCCCGUAUUUCACAGCCGCGUUUCCGAUGUCCAAAGGAGCAUAUGGUGAUGUAACUGUGGCUUAUUCAUCGGCUUGGGCUGUAGCGGGAUGA